AUGAGGUGCUUCGAAGCAAUCGAUGCAGAUAGCGUCGGGCACAUCACGGAGGCGCACGGGCUGUGGAUUCUCAUUUUGCUGGAGGAUGGCCUGGGCGUGGCGUUCCAAAUGAUCGGGAUGAAGCUGAACGUCGAGGAACUCCAUGAGAAGUUCACGAAGGCGGACUUGUCCGGCAAUGGCGUCAUCGAGUGGCCAGAGUUCCUCUCAAUGAUGUCUCAGUAUGGCGGUGGCCAGGGAUUGGAGAAUGCCUUCACACAGGAGCGACUGGACGAACUCCGGGAGAUCUUCAACCUUUUCGACGAGGAUGGCAGUGGCGCUCUGGAUGCGGAGGAGCUGAACUUUGUUCUGCGCUCAGUCGGUCUCGCGCCCUCCAAGAAAGAGUUGGAGAACAUGAUUGCGGAAGUGGAUGCGGAUGGGUCAGGUCAAAUCGAAUGGGACGAGUUCUUGUUCCUGAUGUCUAAGAACGUCGUGAAGCCAGAUGAGCAACAUCGCUUUGCCUUCGAGUUCUUCGACAAGGGAAAGGAGGGCAAGAUCCAGAAGUCUGACUUCAUUGCGCAGAUGCAAUCAUUGGCAAAGGACUUCACUUCCGAGGAGCUGGAGAUGAUGUUCGAAGAGGCGAAGUUCGAGGAUGGAGACACGGAGCAGAUGACCUACAAGGAGUUCGUGAAGAUGAUGAUGCGUUGA